GAAAAUGGAAAGAGAGGAACUUGAUCAGAUAAAGAGUGAACUGGAAAGACAGAAAACUGAAAUAAAUCAUGAGCAGAAGAAAAUAUAUGAUGACAGAAAUAUUAUUGAACAGGGAAGAAAUGACCUGGAGAAAAUGAGGUCUGAAAUAAUGUUACAAAGAAAGCAAAUAGAAGAAGAGAGAUCAAACCUUGACAACAAAAUAAAACAGACUGAUCUAGAAAAAUGUGACAUUGAGAAGAGCAAAGAAAUUGUACAGAAGAUACUAGAUGAGGUAGAAGAACAGAGAAAUUAUAAUAAACUCCAUGAAGAAAAACAUGAACUUGAGAGACAAAAGAUCAAUGAUGAAAAAGAUCUUCAGGCUCAAAUAAAGACUAAACUGCAAAAAGAGAGUGAAGAAAUCAGAUGCAUGGAAGAGGUAAUAAAGAAAGAGAGAGAAACGCUGAAAGAAAUGGAAGCUCUUUUACAAAAGGAAAAGGAAGAACUUGAGAGUGUCACUGAAGAAACGACUAGACGAAAAGAAAAUCUGGAAAUGAUGAGCACAAAUAUAAAUGAACAAAAACAAGAGCUGAGAAAAUACAGAGAGGUUCUAGAGCAAGAGAAAGAUGAAAUACACAAUAAAUGGAUACAGUUACAGCAGAGAAUUGAUGAAUUUGAAACUCAAGUUAGACAACAGAAGGAAAAUGAUUUAAUAAAACAGGAGGAGAUGGAAGAAGAAAGAAAAAGUCUAAAACUGACCAAAGUCAAGAUCCUGGAGUUGAAGACUAAAGCUGAGCAGGAACAACAAGACAUAAGCCUAAAAAUACAAGAGUUGAACACACUGCAAGAACAUAUUAUGAAAGAAAAAGUGAAAGAAGAAGAAAUGAGAGUAAAAGCAAAGAUAGAGAGAGAAGAACUCGAUCAGAUUAUAAGGGAACUGGAACGAGAGAAAACUGAAAUGGACAAUGAUAAGAAGAUGAUUGAACAGGAAAGAAAAGACCUGCAAAAGAUAAGGUCUGACAUCAUGACAGAAAGAAAGCAAAUGGAAGACAUGAGAGAAGCAAUCAAACUAGAGAGGUCAGCACUUGACCAGAAAAUACAAGAGAGUGAUCUAGAAAAGGAUGAAAUUGAAAAGAACAAAGAAAUAGUUCAGAAAUUAAUGGAUAAAGUAGAAGAGCAGAGAAAUUAUAUAAAACUCCAGAAAGAAGAACUUGACCUCGAAAGACAAAAGAUCACUGAUGAAAAAUUAAUUCUAGCUCAAAGUAAGACAGAGCUGCAAAAACAAACUGAACAAAACAAAUACAUGGAGGAGGGAAUAAAGAAGGAGAGAGAAACACUGAAGGAAAUGGAAGCUUGUCUACAAAAGCAAAAGGAAGACAUAGAGAGUGUCACUGAAGAAACAAAGAGACAGAAAGAAGAUCUGGAUAAACAAAAACAAGAGAUGAAGAACAGCAGAGACCUUCUAGAACAAGAAAGAGAAGAAAUAAAGCAUAAAUGGACAGAGUUACAACAGAGAGCUGGUGAAUUUGAUACUCAAGCCAGGCAACAGAAGGAACAAGAUUUCAUGAAACAGAAUGAGAUGGAAGAAGAAAGAAAAAGUCUUGAACAGACCAAAGUCAAGAUCCUGGAGCUGAAGACUAAAGCUGAGCAGGAACAACAAGACAUAAGCCUAAAAAUACAAGAGUUGAACACACUGCAAGAACAUAUUAUGAAAGAAAAAGAGAAAGAAGAAGAAAUGAGAGUAAAAGCAAAGAUAGAGAGAGAACAACUCGAUCAGAUAAUAAGGGAACUGGAACGAGAGAAAACUGAAAUGGUCGAAGAUAAGAUGAUGAUUAAACAGGAAAGAAAAGACCUGCAAAAGAUGAGGUCUGACAUCAUGACAGAAAGAAAGCAAAUGGAAGACAUGAGAGAAGCAAUCAAACUAGAGAGAUCAGCACUUGUCCAGAAAAUACAAGAUAUUGAUCUAGAAAAGGAUGAAAUUGGAAAGAACAAAGAAAUAGUUCAGAAAUUAAUGGAUAAAGUAGAAGAGCAGAGAAAUUAUAUGAAACUCCAGAAAGAAGAACUUGACCUCGAAAGACAAAAGAUCACUGAUGAAAAAUUAAUUCUAGCUCAAAGUAUGACAGAGCUGCAAAAACAAACUGAACAAAACAAAUACAUGGAGGAGGGAAUAAAGAAGGAGAGAGAAACACUGAAGGAAAUGGAAGCUCGCCUACAAAAGGAAAAGGAAGACAUUGAGAGUGUCACUGAAGAAACAAAGGGACAGAAAGAGGAUCUGGAUAAACAAAAACAAGAGAUGAAGAACAGCAGAGACCUUCUAGAACAAGAAAGAGAAGAAAUAAAGCAUAAAUGGACAGAGUUACAACAGAGAGCUGGUGAAUUUGAUACUCAAGCCAGGCAACAGAAGGAACAAGAUUUCAUGAAACAGAAUGAGAUGGAAGAAGAAAGAAAAAGUCUAGAACAGACCAAAGUCAAGAUCCUGGAGCUGAAGACUAAAGCUGAGCAGGAACAACAAGACAUAAGCCUAAAAAUACAAGAGUUGAACACACUGCAAGAACAUAUUAUGAAAGAAGAAAGAAAGAGAGGAAAUGAGAGUAAAAGCAAAGAUAGAGAGAGAACAACUCGAUCAGAUAAUAAAGGAACUGGAACGAGAGAAAACUGAAAUGGACAA